AUGCCGAAGCACACACGGUCAUCCAGUUCCAGCCAUCGCUACAACAACCCCAUGCCAGUCUCUCUCGCUCCGGCAGUCAACCCCACCCCAAACAUGUACAACCAGCAACGCCUUGCCAUGCCGGAUUACUUCCCCGUGGCCUCGUCCUCCUCGGCCGUCAUGCAGGCCCAGCCCCAGCCCAACUAUGACGCCUACGCCGCCGCCCCCAACGUGGGCAUCCCCCCCAUGCAGCACCGCGCCUCCUCGGGCGCCUGGACCCCACAAGACGACCAGACUCUCCUGGCGGCACGCGCGCAGGGCCUCAACUGGGCACAGAUUCAGAUCACCUACUUUGGAAACAAGACGCCCAAUGCCUGCCGCAAGCGCCACGAGCGCCUCAUGGAGCGCAAGGGUGCCGACGACUGGGACAACCGCAAGCUUGAACGUCUCGCCAAGGAGUACAUGAGCAUGCGCAAGGACAUCUGGUCUGGCCUAGCUGCCCGCACAGGCGAGAAGUGGAAUGUCGUCGAAGCCAAGGUGUGUUCUUCCUGCUCCUGCGCCGUCUCCUCCAAUUUCCGUCAUCUUGAUGCUGACCAUUUGCAGUGUAUGUCCAACGGCCUCAAGAACUUGCAGAGCGCUGCCCGCAGCGCCGCGCGCCGCGAACGUCUGGAAUCCGGCCAGCCACUACCACCAGGGUAUGACGAUGAUAGCGGAAUCAGCGGCAUCGGGUUGACACCUGUUGACGAGCUAGACCCGUCCUACAGUAGCCCCGAGACGGCCUCGUCGGGCGGCCAUUCGGCCAGCGGCGGAAGCAACGGUUACGCCCCGCAACACCACCAACACCACCACCAGCACUUUGCCAUGCAGCCCAUGCCUGGGUCCUACUACAGCCACCACCAUCAGCAGCAGAACCACCAUGGGUACACAAGCUCGGUCUCGUCGAACGGGUCAGGUGCUGCGUACAGUGGCUCCGGCCACACGGGGCACUCACAAAGCCCGAGCCCGUACAUGCAUCCGCACGGUCAGAGGCUGCCGAGCGUCGAUAUGGGCAUCGAUGCCAUCAUCAACAGACCUGGCGGCGUGCAGCAGUUGUGA